UCAAUCAUCUUCAUGAUCUUCAUGUACUGUAGCACACUGUUCCUCAUGAACAUAUUCGUCAUGAUCAUUCUUUUCGAAUUCGAAGAAGUCCGCAACGAUAGCUCGCGUCAAACAAACGCCUACGACAUCCUCGAUCAUAUCCAAACAAAGGCCGAGCUGUUGCUCCACAGAGUGCGCAGAUGGCAGAUCGACGAUGACGAUGAUUUUAUAGUGCCACCGCCUCGUGCACAAGACGUCCCGAAUCGGCUUAGCUUCGAUAUAUUUUAG